GUCCCAUUUUUUCCCUCUGGCGCGACUGCUCAUUUCCCCAGCGAACCUUGAUCUCCAUUUCUGUUCUCCUAGCGAUCCCUUCCCCGGACUCGAUUCUAUUGCCGUCUGAUUCGUUUUCAACAUGGCCGACGUCGCCGCGCGCAAAUGCAUGGGGGUGGACUGUGACAAGAAUGCAGGAACGCUGCAGUGUCCGACAUGCCUGAAGAACGGCACGGAUAGCUUCUUCUGCUCGCAGGACUGUUUCAAACGGAGUUGGAGCGAACACAAGACCAUUCACAAGAAGACAACGGGAUUGUACAACCCCUUCCCCGCCUUCCAGUUCGCCGGCAACCUCCGUCCCGUCUACCCGCUGUCGCCUCACCGAUCCGUCCCCAAGUCCAUUCCUCACCCCGAUUACGCCAAGGAUGGCAUUCCUCGCUCGGAGCAGAAGUUCGUCGGCCGGAACAACAUCAAGAUCCUGAAUAAGGAGGAGCAGGAGGGCAUGCGCAAGGUGUGCCGUCUGGCCCGUGAGGUGCUGGAUAUUGCUGCGCGGGAAUUGAAGCCCGGUGUCACGACCGACUACAUCGACGAAGUGGUUCACAAGGCUUGUCUGGAGCGUGAUUCCUACCCCUCCCCCCUCAACUACUACAACUUCCCCAAGUCUGUCUGCACGAGCAUCAACGAGAUCAUCUGUCACGGUAUCCCCGAUCAGCGACCCCUUGAAGACGGCGAUAUCGUCAACAUCGACGUCACCCUGUACCACAACGGAUACCACGGCGACAUCAACGAGACUUACUACGUUGGCGACAAGGCCAAGGCCAACCCGGAUGCAGUGCGCGUGGUGGAGACCGCACGCGAGUGCCUGGACAAGUCCAUUGACCUGGUGAAGCCCGGCAUGCUGUUCCGCGAUCCCGGCAACGUGAUCGAGAAGCUUGCCAAGUCCCGCAACUGCAGUGUGGUCAAGAGCUACUGUGGCCAUGGUAUCAACCAGCUAUUCCACUGCGCUCCCAACGUCCCCCACUACGCGAAGAACAAGGCCGUGGGCACCGCCAAGCCCGGCAUGUGCUUCACAAUCGAGCCCAUGAUCAACACCGGUACCCACCGCGAUCGCACCUGGCCCGACGACUGGACCAGUUCCACGGCGGAUGGAGGCCUCUCGGCUCAGUUUGAGCACACGCUUCUCGUUACCGAGGAUGGCGUUGAGGUCCUGACUGCCCGCUUCCCCGACUCUCCCGGCGGUCCCAUUCCCUUGCUGGACGCUGCGGAGGCCUGAUUUAGAGUAUGAUUGCAUGCAGGUAGAAUCACGAGAUAGAGCGUUUAUGAUCACGAGGUUUUGUUGGGAUGGGUGAUGAUUCGGAGCAGCUUUUGGAUUGGGUGAUAUUCUCACGCGACUGCAUUGUUCGUCGUUAUGAUAUCCUUCUGUAUAGGGGUAGCGCGUUUAUGUCUAUGUCUGUCCUCGCUCGCGAGCAGUCUAUAACAAUCGCGGAGGGGUGUUCAGGCAAUGCAUAAUUUCCUCGGCAACGUAAAAGCCGAGCAUUACGUACGAGGCCGGUCCAGGAUAAGGUUGAGAUUGCGAUAUCCGGGUUGGGGGCAUCGCCAUCGCGCGAACGGGCCCUCACGUCUCCGGACCGGGUUAAUCCGUCAUCUAUCUACUACGUAGUGCUUGUUAGUGGACGCGUUGACGCGGCCAUUGUUUGAGAAGCAUGCCUCAUUUGAGUCCGCUACACCUAGAAUGAGAAC